AUGACUAAUGACUCUUACAAUUUGCUGAAGUUGAUUGAUGAAUAUCAGCCGCAUGUUAAGGGUUAUCCAGAGCGGUUGCAGACUUGGGAGCUUGUUCGUAAGGAAUAUAAUUCCAUAAACAAUACACGUUAUAAGCAGUCAAGGUCACUUAGGAAUAAAUUUCGUAAUUUGAAAGAACAGUGCAGGAGUAAAGACGUCGUAAACUCCCUUCCCCCGAAAGCAUUGAAGCUAUUGAAAAAACUUAUCGUUGAGGAAUAUCAGAUGUUUGAUUCAGUAUUCAUUUUCCCAAACUUUGCUGAUACUGAAAACAAUCAUACUUCUGAUAUGGAAUUUGAUGCAAAUUCCAAGCAACGUCAGAUAAUACCGUCGCUCUCAAAAGGUAGAGAACAGUUCCCUAAGAAAAUCACGAACUUUUCAGUGGCUCCAUUUCUUGAAGUUAAUUCAGAAACUGAUGAUGUUUCUGAUGUUACUUUAUAUACAGAACCACUUGACUCCAUACAGAUUGGACACCCACAUACCUACAAAACCUUCCCUAAGUUAUUGAGUCAUCCGACUAUUGCUGUCACUGGAAGUGAAGUCGGGAUGGCAAACCUUCCGAUAUUCAAACCUCGAGGUAGGUUGACAAUCGAUAACUCGAUCAUGUCUGUUGAUAUGAAUACUGACCAUACAACCAAGAAUUCCUCUGACAAUAAAAAACUGUGUAUAAAGAAAGUGGAAGCUGUAGAUAAGACAGAAGAUAGUGUUAAUUCAGACCACUUGGACCUUGUACUGAAAGAUAUUAAAGCAAUUAAGGAGUCUCAGGAAGACUUCCAGAAGACAGUUUUACUGGAACUGUCGAUAAUUAGAAAGAAUAUUGAAGAUGUAUUAUAUAAAUAA